AUUAUAUUACUUUUCACUUUCUAGGGUUUCAAAUAUUACAUGCGUAAUCUCGCUCCACACUCGUAAUUAUUAUUCAUCGGUCGCCGGUUCAUCACUGAACUCCUCAAAAUGACCUUCAAGCGCAGAAAUGGCGGCCGGAACAAGCACGGCCGCGGUCACGUGAAGUUCAUUCGCUGUUCUAACUGUGGCAAAUGCUGCCCAAAGGACAAGGCUAUCAAGAGGUUUCUUGUUAGAAACAUAGUUGAGCAGGCUGCUGUUAGAGAUGUUCAAGACUCUUGCGUUUAUGAUGGAUAUGUGCUUCCAAAGCUGUAUGUGAAGAUGCAAUACUGUGUUUCAUGUGCUAUUCACUCUAGAGUUGUGAGAGUUCGAUCCCGCACUGAGCGUAGGAAACGUGAUCCUCCUCAGCGCUUUAUCAGGCGCAGGGAUGACAUGCCAAAGCCUGGGCAACAACCUGGUCAAGGAACCCGUCCUGCAGGGGCUGCUGUUCCUGCUCGAACUUGAGCAUUUUAUACGGCGUUUGGUAUUCUGUUUCAAGUUCCUACUCAAAUUUUGUAAGGAUUUUUUUUCUAUGUCAAGUUAGACCUUCGAAGGAUAUAAUAUUUAAGAUCUUGAAAUUUUUUUAUACCAACGAGAUUGCUUUUCUGAGUUCA